GUUCAAUGAUCCUCCUCUUACAAAAGUUUGCGGCAUUCUUCGAACGCCUUUGUCAAUUAGUUGGCUUGGAGAUACCAUCAAACCUUCUUAUCCUCCAAUAAAACCCUGCCGCAACCAUCGGCGUUGUCUUUGACUGUCAGUCUGGAGCUGUUAAUGAAUACUCUCUUCCUUCAAUAGAACUUCGCGCGAUCGUCCUCACACAUACUUCGCGACAACCUUGAACGUCAUCGCCGGUUAUCUAGUCUAAAGCUGCCACCUAACCUGUUGUUCGUUUGAUGACCAUUGUAUUACGAAGCGCCGCAGCAACCUUGGAACGUCGCCCUUGAGUUGAUCUCGAGUUGUUGUGUACAAAGAGACACCAUAGCUACACUUUGGUGUACAUCCAACUCCCCCCUCCUAGCUCCUGUUACGACAUUAUCGAGCUGAUCGAACUUGGCUUCAAUGAUCCUCAAUCCCUAUUGCAUGAUGACCGCAAUUACGAUCACCUACACCUAAAUCUACAUCAUACAACGGUCUAAAAGUAGCCCAUAUCGAAACAAAGCCUACUCCACCGCGAUGUCGAACCAGCAGAAGAAGGAAGACCCUCUUUUCCAAGCUCUACCUCCACUUCCGAAGCGCCCAGAAUGGAGUACAAUGUUGCCUGAGAGUAAUCCUCCGGCUUCAAUUAGUCGUCCUAUCAGACCCUCUUUAUCUUUUGUCACGAACGAUGCUCCUAUUGCUCGCAGACGUUCUCCAGCCGCUCAUCUUGAUACGCCCAAUCUGGGGGUCUCUGAUCAUGCCGAGCCUGGUCAUAAUCGUUCAACCUAUAGCCGUUCCCUCUAUGGACCAUCAAGGGGUAGAAAUACUCUUCCUGGUCGUCCGCGCGAUGCUCAUGAUCCGUAUGGUAUGAGCAGAUAUCAUGCCAUUCAUAACAAUGCUCGCACAUCUUACUCCGUCAAUAACAAUACCACCCUGAACGGGUUUCCUGCCUGCAAUCCUCUUCCAGAAACACCUGCCUUCGCUCACAGUAUCCAUGGCUACCCCACUCAGUACGCUUUACGUUCUGCGCCCUUUGAAUGGAACCAAGACGGUUCGCCGGGUCAUCCUUACCCUUACUCAAACUAUUUGCAAGGCCAACCAAUUGCUUCUCCUGCUGCAGCUAGUGUAGCGGUUCCAACUACUCGCAUGACUCCAGCUCGCAUGACUCCAGCUCCAGCUCCAGAUCCUCCGACCGCUUCAGGUGCUCUAGCCACUCGAUCUCGAUCCACGCGAUCCGGAGCCAGAAAACAAUCCACCUCGACUGCUAAAUCUCAACCCAUUCGAUCUACUCGAUCCACACGAUCCAGAGCCAGAAAACAAUCCACUUCGACUGCCAAAUCGGCUCCAGAGGAAGAAGAGGAGGAUGUACCAUGGCAUGAUCGAUCUGAAUACGGCUGCGACCGUCGCAAAAUGAAAGAGGAAGAACUCGCACAGGCCCGUCCUGGCUAUGGUACUCUCAUCGUACGCAAGGAGUGUUUCAAGAAUGCCGCUCCAGGAGCCAUAAAGCCUGUCGAGUGCACCAUGACAGAAUCGGAAUUCGUUUGGACCAGCAGAGGAGCUGAAGGUGCUAAGCAACGUAAAAUUUUCUACGCACGUUCUCGUGUAGCGUUGGAAGACAGACUUAAAGCUAAAGAGAGAAUGGAUGCAAUGUUUGCAAAGCAGAGGGCGGCGGGUAUACUUGCGGGCUUUCCGGGUAAUAUGCGCUUAGAGGAUAGAUUCCCUAUUGUCUCUCUCGCUGCUGCUUGAACAGCUGCUACCCCAUCUGCUGCCCCAGUUGUUGCUGGUAAUGCUGCAGAGUCUACUGAAGAUCAAAAAUGGUUGAUGACGAUUCGGCUUCACCUGAACCUAGUUUCUAUAGUGCGAGCGAGGGUGAGGGUGAAGGUGAGGGUGAGGACGAAGAAUAGAGUGCUAAAAUUGCUUCUCAUCUGGAGGGGAAGAGACUGGGGCUAAUCUCUAGCAAUCAGGAUGCGAUGCACAUAUUGUACAAUAACUACUUGGCUUGUUAUGCCAAUGAUAUUAUCAGAGAACGUAAGCGACUGCUCUUACUUGUGCUCCCUCGUAUGAAAGCACUAGGGGCAGAGACGAGCUAAAGGGUUGGAUAUGGGUAUGGGGAUGGAGAUGAAGUGGCGGUACUAGUUAUAGCUGGUGCUAUUUAGUAUGAUAAUGUGGAGGAAGGACCUUAGGCUAUGAGUAGUACAAUUGAAUAAUUUUCCUUA